GAAUGCUAUUACGGUCUGAGUUAGAUGUGAGAGGCUCCUUGUGCAGAAGGGCUGCAGGGCUUGUCACUGCGAAGAACCAUCUUCCUCGGCCAUAUUCAGCUCCAAGGCAAUGGCGGAACAUCUUUCGGGUGACCCCACCGAGAUGGGGAAGGGUCGGGCGAUUGCAGUGCUGACCUCGGGCGGUGAUGCCCAGGGCAUGAAUGCAGCUGUGAGGGCCACAGUUCGAAUGGGAAUAUACACCGGAGCCAAAGUCUUCUUUGUCCAUGAGGGCUAUCAGGGCCUGGUAGAUGGUGGAGACAACAUUCGCCCUGCUACGUGGGAAAGUGUGUCCAUGAUGUUGCAGCUGGGUGGAACUGUGAUUGGCAGUGCCCGUUGUCAGGACUUCCGCACCAAGGAGGGUCGUACCAAGGCGGCCUACAACUUGGUCAAGUUGGGCAUCACCAACUUGUGCGUCAUUGGAGGUGAUGGCAGUCUCACCGGUGCCAACCAGUUCAGAACUGAGUGGAGUGGGCUACUAGCAGAUUUAAUCAAAGCUGGUAAGAUCACAGCAAAUGAAGCAAAGGCAUCCUCCCAUCUCAACAUUGUCGGCAUGGUGGGCUCCAUUGACAACGACUUCUGCGGCACUGACAUGACCAUCGGCACAGACUCUGCCCUGCAUCGCAUCAUGGAGAUAGUGGAUGCAAUUGCCACCACAGCACAGAGUCACCAGAGGACAUUCAUCCUGGAGGUGAUGGGCAGACAUUGUGGUUACCUGGCUUUGGUGACAGCUCUGGCAUGUGCUGCUGACUGGGUAUUUAUUCCAGAGAUGCCCCCAGAGAAGGACUGGGAGGAGCAUCUGUGCAGACGAUUGACUCAGCAAAGGAAUCUUGGCAACCGUUUGCAUAUUAUCAUCGUAGCAGAAGGUGCAAUAGACCUCAAUGGCGAGCCCAUCACCUGUGAGUAUGUCAAACAGUUGGUGACAAAAAAGCUUGGCUUCGACACCCGUACCACCAUAUUGGGCCAUGUCCAGAGAGGAGGAACCCCCUCCGCCUUUGACAGAAUCCUGGCCAGCAGGAUGGGUAUGCAGGCAGUGAUGGCCCUGUUAGAAGCCACACCCGAUACUCCUGCAAGUGUGGUCAGCUUGUCGGGAAACAUGGCUGUCAGACUGCCUCUGAUGGAGUGUGUGCAAGUGACAAAGGAUGUCACCAAAGCAAUGGCUGAAAAAAGGUUUGAAGAUGCAGUGAACCUUAGGGGAAGGAGCUUCGAGCACAACUGGAAUGCCUACAAAAUGCUGUCGCACAUUCAUCCUCCAGAUACAAAGAGCAAUGUCAACAUAGCCGUUGUAAAUGUGGGAGCACCGUGCGCUGGAAUGAAUGCUGCAGUUCGUUCCGUUGUCAGAACUGGCCUCCUCCAAGGUCACCAAAUGCUGGCCGUGCAUGAUGGAUUUGACGGUUUAGCCCAUGGCCAGAUCGAGCCUAUUGGUUGGACUGGAGUGGCCGGGUGGAUUGGAAAGGGUGGCUCGCUCCUCGGUACUAAGAGAUCCUUGCCAAGUAAGUUCAUCAAGGAGAUAAGCCAGAACAUCUCAAAGUUCAACAUUCACGGAAUCGUCCUUGUCGGCGGCUUUGAGGCAUUUGUUGGGGGACUGGAGAUGGUGGAGGCCAGACAGAACUAUGAGGAAUUUUGUAUCCCUUUUGUCAUCAUUCCUGCUACCGUCUCCAACAAUGUUCCUGGUUCCGCCUUCAGUAUAGGAGCGGACACUGCUCUUAACACCAUAACCUCGUCAUGUGACCUGAUCAAGCAAUCGGCAGCCGGUACCAAGCGAAGAGUGUUCAUUGUUGAGACCAUGGGAGGAUAUUGUGGAUACCUGGCAACCAUGGCCGGCUUAGCAGCUGGAGCUGAUAAUGCGUAUAUCUUUGAGGAGCCUUUCGGAAUUAAGGACCUGAAGAUGAAUGUGGAGCAUCUGACGGAGAAGAUGAAGACAACAGUAAAGAGAGGACUUGUUCUGAGAAAUGAGAAAUGCAAUGAAAACUACACCACGGAUGUUCUCUUCAAUCUGUACUCUGAAGAAGGAAAGGGUAUAUUUGACUGUAGGAAGAAUGUUCUUGGACAUAUGCAGCAGGGUGGAACCCCCAGCCCCUUUGAUAGGAAUUUUGCCACCAAGAUGGGCAUCAAGUCUAUCCUAUGGUUGACGGAAAAAGUGAAGGAACACUCCCGACAUGGUCGAAUCUUCGCCAAUGCUCACGAUACCGCAUGCGUGUUGGGAAUGAAGAAGAGGUCUUUGAUUUUCCAGCCUCUGACGGAGCUGAAAGAACACGUUGACUUCGAACAUCGUAUUCCGAAAGAACAAUGGUGGAUGAGGCUGAGGCCCGUCUUAAAAAUCCUGGCCAAGUAUGACACCCGCCUGGACACUUCCAACAUGGCUGAAAUGGAGCAUGUCGCUCAAAAGAAAAGUUCAUAAGUAGUUUUUGCAUUCAUGCCAUCAGAACUCUACGUGACUCCUGUGUUGGCUGUAGCUCUCAAAAGCUGCGGCUUAAAAAAAACAUCAUGAUGAAAUGAAAAUAAAGAGAGCAAUAAAUGAUCUAAAAGACA